ACAGACCAGCACGGUUUGCCUGAUCUCCACCAAUAGUCAAUCGCAUACAUCAAGGAAUAAUAAGGCACGAUUACGAAUGCCGGUUGAUUGCCUCCUGCGGAAAUAAAAGAAGGGUUUUGAAUAUAUAGUCUUCGGAAAUCAGUCACCUUCAAGACGUGGAAUGAUGAAAUAUAUAAUAUUUUUGGCAACCUUUUUUUCCAUGAUUUUUGCCGAAAAGUCACCUCGACUGAAAUUCAUUGUAAACGGGACUACAGAGCCGGCCAUGUACCACUUCUCAAAACCACAGAAUUACAUGUCAGUGUACCACCAUGAGGGUACCAACGUGCUGUAUGUGGGGGGCCAGGCAGUGAUCUACGUGCUAACAUUCACUGACAGGGGGGUCAGCAGCCUGGAGAUCCCAGUGGUGACUGAUGAAAACGCAAAAGCAACUUGCAUCGCAAAAUCAGCCCCACCAAAAUUGGAGUGUGACAAUUUCAUCACAGUGAUUCAAAAAGUCAAUGACACUUUUGUGGUAUGCGGGACAAAUGCAGGAACCCCAAAAUGCUGGCUGCUGGUAAAUGACACUGUGCUGAUUGAUGCCCCCACCAACGGACAGAUGGCAUCAGCGUCUGACAUCUCCCCUCCCUAUCCCUCUCAGAGGUCCGUUAGUGUAUUUGCAGAUGGGAAUCUAUACUCUGCUGUGUCAGCAGUGGGGCGCAACCCUGGCACUAUUCGACGGACCUAUGGGACUCAGAAGCUCCUGAAGACUGAGAGCAAGUGGCUGCAGAGCCCCCAGUUCGGGGGAGCAGCAGUAAUGCCAUCCUCACAGAAACUCAAGGAUGAGAUCUACUUCUUCUUCAGUGAGAUCAACAAGACGGCCCGGGUGGACGAGGAGCCCUACAGGUCUCGCAUCGGCAGGGUCUGCAUGGUGGACGAGGGAGGCAUUAAGAACCUUCUGCCGGACUCGUGGACUACCUUCAUGAAGGCCAGGGUGAUGUGUGGUGUGGGUAGCACCCCUCAGCAGUACAACAACAUCAGACAAGCCAUCGUGCUGUCAGAGGUGGCCCAGGAGAAGAGGACUGGAGUAAUGUACGGCCUGUUUGCCAACGCAUGGGACACAACAGUGAUAUGUGCUUACUCCGUCGAGGACAUUGACCAGGCCUUCGCAACGUCUAAACUGAAGGGCUACAGCAGUCCUCUGAUUGGGCAUCGCCCUGGGACUUGUGCUUUUAAGAACUCUACGGCAGCUCAGAACCCUAAGACCCUGGGGGUGAUCAGGGACCAUCCCGAAAUCGAGGAUGUGAUUCGGCCGGUCGGAGGAGCUCCACUGAACUUGCCCACUGACGAUCACUUCACACACACGGUUGCUGCCAUUGUACUGGCCGUUAACGAUGAGCACUAUAGUGUGCUUUACCUGGGAACAGAACAGGGGAAAGUGCUGAAGGUUCUACACACUAAUGAGGAAGUCUUUAUCAUAUGCCAGUACUCCCUGUUCCACAACGAUGGUCCUGUUCUGAGCAUGGCCAUCGACUCUAAGCAGGGCCACCUUUAUGUAGGCACGGCCAUGGCAAUCCAGCGCAUACCACUGGCUGACUGUGGUCGCUAUGGAAACAGCUGUCAGGAGUGCAUCCUAUCUCGGGAUCCAUAUUGCGGCUGGGAUGCAGCCAGGAGGAGGUGCACUGCCAUACCAGCUGGAUAUAACAUCAGCUCUGGGGCCCUCACUCAGAGUUUGGACUAUUCCAAUGCCUCCAUCUGUGGUGAAGCUGCUGCACUGAAGAGUCACAGGACCAAUCCCAAACGGGUGGUGAUAGACUCCAACAGCACCGUCUACCUCCCCUGCCCGUUGCACUCUUUCCACGCCACCUACCGCUGGGAGAAGGACAACUGCGGCAAGCACUACCCCUGCUCCAUCAUCGGAGACUUCUGCGUGCUGGCACCCACUUUCGCCAUGCCCCUGGAGAACGGAGUGUUCCGAUGCAUGGCCACAGAGAAUGGCCACAAGGUGGAGCUGAUCUCUUAUAGGCUGGUAUUUAAUGGUGGGCCUCUGCCCGCCUCCCUGGCAUCCACCAUGGGGCCUUCUCUGCUGCUUGCUGCAGCCACCCUUUGGCUUCUGUAACCACUCAACAUGCUAACGCUAACUCUCUAUCCCCCAAUGCUCUCUCUCUCACUGACAGACAGACAGGAGAGGAGGGUACACCAUAGCCAGGUUAGGUUCGCAGAGCAUUGAUAUACAGGGUUGGGUAAUUCAAUCAGUUUUGCCCACAGAGACUGUUCUCAGAAAACCAACAGAAACGUCUAUUUUUCAUUAUAACUCAUGUUGUUCAUAAAAUGCCUGACAACAGGUGUUUAUUUUGAAAUGCUAUAUGGGCCAUAUGAACUAAUACUGUACUGUUUUAAUAACAAGAAACUGUAACAAACUUAAAAUACUCAGCUAACAUUUAAACUAAACACAUACAUUAACAACAAUAUGGGUUGUAUGGAAAGAUAAAAUAUAUGACUCAUGUCUUAUGUCUUAUUCAACAUUUGAAAUACAUAUUCAAACCACAAGGUGUGCUUUGCGAACCUUGCCUGUUUGAUUCAAGAGAUGACAUUUAAUAAGUUGGGUAAAAUACAAUACCAGGCCAAUUUCUCUUCAUGGUUUUGCAACUUAUUUUUAAACUUGAUUGUGCUACGUUGUGAAUAUUAUAAGCUUAACUAUUGCUUUAAUAUCCAAACAUCCUUUUAAAAGUUAGAAGUAUUAUCUAGUCUGGUACUGAGUUAUGAAAAAUGCCUUACAAAUUCUGGGAAACAACCCCUAAGCACAAUUGCAUUGGAAGCAAAACUGCUCAACUAAUUUGACUUGGCUCUGUGAAUUAGUUGGCCAAGUCAUUGUUUUGGGGAUGUGUAAUCAUUUUGGCAGGAAGUCAUCUUUUUGAGAAGAAGUAGGUGGAAGAGUAUGAGCUCCUUCUCGAACAUCACUGUGUCUAGGCAAGUCCUCUGCAUUAAAGGCAGUUUUUGCAUCUUUUUAUUGGAUAGAAUCAGACAUGAAUAUUAAUUUACAUACUUUACAAUAAAUACAGUAAAUAAACUUAAGCGGCAGGUAAGGCCAAAGUCAUAAUGCGUAGAUAACAUGUAGUUGUAUUUUGUAGUUUGCUAAAUGAGGAAAAAGCUUGUGAUUAGGCUAUAUCCGUACCAUAUGUUAUGUAUUUUAUUGCUCCGCAAAUGCUGGUUUCCACCAUUGCUGCCUAUGCAUAUGAAAGUUAUUGUUGAUGGUUUAAGGAUUUAUACUGUGGUUAUAAAAUGAUGUUACUCAUUGGCUGCUUUUAACUUGCCUAUUCCCAAGGUGGAAAUCCAGUGCUUAGUACUCAAAGGGGUUAUUUUCGUACGUGUACGUAUUUGUGUGCUAUGAAAAAAGGCUUGACAGAUUUUGAAAUGAUCUUUUUUCUAAAAAUAGAACAUUUCGAGCUGCCACUGUGCUUUGGGGAAAAAGACUGACUUUAUUGACAGUAAUAUUUUCAUGAAAAGGAACUAAAUUCCUCUUCAUGUUUUAUAUUUUGACCUUACCUCAAAUGUAAAAAAAAAAUUAUACUUUUAUGUGCAAAAAUAAUGUUCUGUGCUUUAUUGGAUACUAUUUGCUUGGAGGCAGAAAUGUCCACAAAGCAAAUGUUGAAUGUGUUAUUAAUGCACUGCAGUUGCAGCAUGCCAGUAUAUUGUCCACGUUAACCCACAAAGGAAGUAUCUCUCAGUCCUCAUAGUGGGAGUAUCCCCUUAGAACCCCUACUGUUUUGAUAUAUGGCACUGAACGUCACAAUUUUAAAAUGGCAACAAAACAUACUUGUUUGAAAUGAUAUAGCCAUAGUUGUACUGUUCAGGUGUCAUCUUUCCCUCUGAGGACAUUGGUUAAUCUGUUGUCUCCAGGUCUAUGGGGAAUCCAUGUGCUGCAAUGCAUUGAUGCAGACUACUGAGUGUGCCAAACCUAAGCUGUGUUAAGCUGCCUCAUCCGCUGCCUGCCACUUCUCAAUUAGCACUUUGAGUAAUUGGUUUGCCAAAUCUAUUUCUCAGACUGAUGCACGUUCUAAUGUCACACACACACUCACACUUUUGAGGUUUUACUAUCCUUGUGGGGAUGUUAUUCCGCUUCAAAUUCCUAUUUCACCUGACUCCAUAACGUUAACCACACCCCUAGGUCUAUACCCUAAACUCUAACCCAACCCCAAAUUACCUUAACCACACCCCUAGCUCGAUCUCCUAAACUCUAACCCAACCCCAAAUAACCUUAACCACACCCCUAGCUCGAUCUCCUAAACUCUAACCCAACCCCAAAUAACCUUAACCACAUCCAAGAACUUUAAAUAAAAAAUUAGAAAGACCAAUGAAAUAUCCCCACAAGGGACAAUUCCCUCUGAGCGCAGUAUUCUUGCACGGAUAAUAAAACCAUGCGCACACUCGCGCACACACACACACACACACACACACUUUACAUAUUACUAUUCUUGUGGGAACCAACAACCAUAUUUCCAUAAAAAAUUAUAUUUACCCUAAAUCCUUAGCAUUUAAUUUAACCUUGACCCCAACCCCAAUUGUAACAUUUACCCUAAACCUAACCCCAAGCCAAAAAUAGCAACCAACAACAUAUCUUUUUUUCUUAUUUUAGUAUCUUUGCUCAGAUUUUUGGUCUUCACUGGGAUAGCUAAACCUGUAUCAUCACAAACCACUUGUUUACAAUCACUCACUUCUAUCUCAAUCCCUUUAUUUCCUGUUACUUAUCUAUUUCAUUGCAUUUUAAGCAUGAAGCUGGUGUGUCUCUGAUAACAGUGAACAGAAAUCACUCUCAAAAGCUAGCAACACUAAUUAGGCAAUUGAACAUGAAUCGCCUCAUGCAGAGCAAUACAAGCUCUUUAUUUGCUAAGAUUGAUGGCCCAUCGUCAGGGGGAAUUGUUAAAAACAGUCAGUGAAUCGUGGCUGUGUAGAGUAGAUUGUAUUUGGCCCUUCAUGGAUCUCCAAAGGGUAGCAGUGAUAUGGAAGCUUACGGUUUUCCUCUGGAGCACUAUAAUUUAAUGACCGCCUUUAUAACCAGUUCCUGCUUUGAUGUGGCCAUGAACACAGUGAAUAUAUCACAUGCAGUUCCAUCAUUAUAGUCUGUUAAAUAUGCUCAUUCUACAUGACAGGGCUGAUGUCCACCAGGGCAAGACCAAUAUUUAAAACAGUUUGUUGUGUUCAAAUACCUGUUAGAUAUAAAUAAUCCUAGCAGAGAGAUAGAGUGAAGUAAAUUGUAUUGUGUUGAAUUCCUUGCUCUGGGGCUUCGGACGUUGUUGAUUGUAUUUGUGCCAGAAUUCUGUGUCUUACAAUGUUGGAUUGGAAAUAAGCUUACCCAACUUUCUUUUAGAGGAGAUUUUAAUUGGCAUCACAUUCUUUAAUGCCUCAACAUAACAUUUCUUAUUUUAAAGGACUAAUGUCUGUCUAUAUGAAGUGUUAAUACAUAUCCAUGUAACAAAUCUGUAAGUCCAUAUGUUUUUCUUUCCGGAACAUGUGCAGUAAAAAUCUACAAAGUAAUAAAAUACGGUAUGUAUUAUUG